AGCGUUUAUCAGACUGCUACAAGGCAUAAGAUGCAACAUAUUGCAUUUGUCAACAUCAAUUGAAUUGUUAUGUGUAAAACUAAAUUACAGGAAGAACCUAUAAUUGUUGAAUGUCAGAGAUAAUUCAUUAAAAAUGGAUGAUAAUUCAGCUCCAGUUACUGUGUUCCACCCUAUUAUCUCUUCAAUACAAAAGAUUGCACUUUAUGAAACAAAAUCAAGAUUUUACUUGAUGGGAUCAAACAACACUUUAACUCGUUUCAGAGUAUUAAAGAUAGAUCGUAUGGAAUCGAAAGAAUUAAUUGUUGUAGAUGAUAAAAGAGAAUACACUCAGGAUGAAAUAAAAGAUCUUGUAAAAAUGAUAGAUAUGGGAAACCGUACACGCAGUGGACAAAGAAAUAAUGUUGGUGGAGUUGCAAGAGCUGUUUCAGCUUUUGGUAUUGUCGGCAGCAAUUACAAAGAAUCUACACCUGAUAACGGUGUGUCAGAAGAGUCUGAGCACCAAGAAUCUCAAAAGCCGCUGCACAAACCGACUCAAACUAAAUUUACCUGGAAAACAAUGUGGCAGAGAGACAGUUUUCCUCGACUAGUGCCAGCUUUCGGCCUUCUUGGUUUUGUGCGUUUUUUGGAGGGGUACUAUAUAAUCCUGGUAACCAAACGACGCAGAGUCGCCGUAAUCGGACAUCACACGAUCUAUAAGAUCGAGGACACCUCGAUGAUCUAUAUACCGAAUGACACCGUGCGUGUUUUCCACCCCGACGAACAAAGAUACGUAAAAAUGUUCCAAAGCAUUGAUCUGCGCAGCAACUUUUAUUUCAGUUAUUCCUACGACCUAACGCACACUUUGCAGUACAAUAUGUGCACUCCAAAGCAUAUUAAAUCGAAUAUGCCAAAUGAUUCUGAUAAUGUUUCAAAUCAAACGAAAAACGACGAUGUCGAAGAUGCGGAGGACUUUUUUAAUAUGUGGGCGGUUCGAAAGAAUUAUAAUAUUAGCACAGAUAAAUACGUUGAUUACGGUAUAAGAAAUAAUCCACACCGCCGAUUUGUUUGGAACUCACACCUUCUGAUGCCAGUCGAGAAAGAUUUGCAUCGAGACUGGAUUUUGUACAUCAUACACGGUUUUAUUGGACAAUCGAAUGUUAGUAUUUUUGGGAGAUCCAUGUACGUAACCGUGAUUGCCAGAAGAAGUAACAAAUAUGCUGGCACCAGAUUUUUGAAACGCGGUGCAAACUUUGAUGGGGAUGUUGCCAACGAAGUGGAAACAGAACAAAUCGUUCACGAUUCCGGGGUGAGUGCUUUGAGCAAGGGUCGAUAUAGCUCUUUCGUUCAAAUGAGAGGGUCGGUUCCUGGCCACUGGAGCCAAGAUGUUAGCAAAAUUGUUCCUAAGCCCACUAUCACUUGUGAUUUGGCUGACCCUUAUGUAGAAACUGCAGGUGCACAUUUCAAUCAACUCUUGAAGAGAUACGGUUCCCCAAUAAUAAUCCUCAACCUCGUUAAAAAACGAGAGAAGAAGAAGCACGAAAGUACGCUAAGCGAAGAACUAUGCAUGGCUGUGAAAUAUUUAAAUCAGUUUUUACCCCUGGAACACCAUAUCCAAUACAUAAGCUUCGAUAUGGCUCGAAUGAAUAAAAGGAAAAGGGUCAACGUCAUGACUCGCCUAGCAAACAUAGCAUACAAUGCAGUUUUAAAAACUGGCAUUUUCCAGUCCCAAAAAUCGUAUUACAGUCAACAAAAUUUAUUUUCGCCGCAAUCUAAUAAGAAAGUAAAUAAAAUAAAUUCGAGCACGUUUUCGUCAGUUAGCUCUUAUAAUAUUCGAAGUCCUAUGGAUUCAGCACCUGAUAGUGUUACUAGUUCUUCUAUGAAUUAUAGUACUGACUCUAAAUCGGCUAUGGACCGUAGUGCAGAAUUAAAUCAAAUAGAAAAUAAAGUAAGACAAUGUUUCGGCCGUAAAGGCAUGUUGCAAACUGGUAUUAUUAGAACAAAUUGCGUCGACUGUUUGGAUCGUACAAACACCGCACAAUUUGCUAUAGGAAAAUGUGCCUUGGGAUUCCAAUUGUGUGCUCUAGGAGUGUUAGAGUCUCCAAAAUUGGAAUUCGACUCUGAUUGUGUGAGAAUGCUGGAGGAAUUGUAUGAGGAUCACGGAGAUACAUUAGCAUUGCAAUACGGUGGUUCUCAGUUAGUGCAUAGGAUAAAGACAUACAGGAAGACUGCUCCAUGGACUAGUCAGGGUAACGACAUUAUGCAGACUUUGAGCAGAUAUUAUAGUAACACAUUCAGUGAUCAAGAAAAACAACAUACAAUCAAUUUAUUCCUAGGAUUGUUCAUACCUGAGGAAGGGAAGCCACCUAUUUGGGAGCUUGUUACCGAUUACUAUCUUCAUCAUAAACCGGCAUGUCAAUACACUCGCAGAAUAAAGCUGUUAACACAGUGGUGGGAUACCAACGUGUUAAAGUGUCUUCCUUACGCAUUGAAUGAAGUAACAAAGGCCUGUACAGAAAUAAUACAAGUACAGAAUUCGGUAGAGGAGAUGAUUGAUGUUUACUAUGAUUUCCAUAGGCCUUAUGAACUGUCCGCGAUCUCUGAGGUAUACGCUUAUAAAAUUAGUCAUUCUGUAAGAGAUUUCAUGCCGCAAUGUACAACAAACUUUAGUCCGUUUGCGGUUCGAGUACGAAGAAGAAGAGGAGAAAUUGAUAAUAAAAAUCUAAACAUGAAGAAUCCGUCCAUGACUGGACAGAGUAGCACUAGUAGCACCAUUUCCAGUGCAAGUUCUACUGAGGAUUCUAGUUCAGACGACGACGAUAGCCAUCAGCAUACUAAUGAUUCUCAAUUGAUAUCUUCCAAAGAAAGUUCGGAAUUGAUAUCGUUUGAAUCAUUGUUCCCGUCUAUGAAAGAAGUAUAUGGUACUCAGCCAGACUAUCCUAAGAGGAACGAUGUAGUAUUAUAUAAGAAAUUUGUACUAAUUGCACGGAAUGCAACAUAUCCUUUGGACAAUACUAAAUUACGAUCGAAACUGAUGCAACAGGCAUCAUUUCUAGAGACUACAACACCUGUAAUCGCGCUUCCCGAGGUGAAGGAAUGUAGCAUAAGUAUAUACGAACAAUAUGUUAACAGAGCUAGCGCUGGUGGAUCAAUACCAAGUCCCAAUGAUAUGAACUUAUAUGAGAGUUAUGCCAAACAGCUGUAUAAACCAUCAAUAUGUACAAAUUGACUAAGUUCUAUAAUAAAAUAAAAAAGUUGUAAUAUUUAUUUUUUAAAUAAAAACCUGAUCCUAAAAUAAA